AGGUCUGCGCGCUCUCGUCAGCGGCCAUGCUGCCCGGCUACAGCGCGGCGCACCCUUGUACCUGCAGUGACGGAGCAUCAAUCCGCCCCCAGGUAAAAAGGGCGCUUUUUGAAUCCUAAUGCCCAUCGCAUCCUUUUUUUUUUACCGGGACUUUAACAUCCAGUCUGGAAUUUUGACGUUGGUAUGAAGCAGGAUAUCGCCUCAUCAUCAAGACAACUGCUGGCUGCUCGUCUGAGUGACGCUGUCAAAGAACAAUCAUUAAUUUAUUACUAACUUUGAUUGUGAUCAAACAGAAUUUAUUUGGAUUAUUUCCCUCAACCUUUCCCGGCCGCACAUCCCAGACGAUUUGAUCAUCCCGUAGUAUUUCGGGGUGACGCGUUUGUUAAAGGACUAAUCUAUUGGCGAAAAGGAGCGGCGCACCGUAGGUAGCACUUUUGUGUUGAAUGUAAAUCAUGCUGGCGUACUGUACUGCUCCUCUCGCUCGCGAAAACCGGUCAGCAUACGGUGACACACCGCCGUUAUUGUGCUAUGUGAUCAGGGAGAGGGAAUAGUGUUUUCUACAAAAGCGGGUUUUACGGUGAAACACUGCUGACCUGUCAGGAUCGCCCUGCGAUUAAAAAAAACAACAAAACAAUCAAAAAACGUCCGUCCAGAGCAUCGAAGAGGUCGGUUGUCGAGCGGAAAUGUCUCUCAGCCGAAGCAUUGAACUAGAACAUUUCGACGAACGGGAUAAGGCGCAUCGUUCCACGCGCGCCACCGGUUCGGGGUCGCCGUCCGGCUCCCGUGCGAGCAGCCUGGUCCCGAGCCCGGCUCAUAGCGCAAACUGCAGCUUCUACCGGACCCGUACGCUCCAGGCACUGAGCUCUGAGAAACGGGCCAAGAAGGUCCGCUUCUACCGAAAUGGAGACCGGUAUUUCAAAGGGCUCGUUUACGCGGUAUCAAAUGAUCGUUUCAGGUCGCUGGACGCACUACUCGCGGAGCUAACCCGCUCGCUGGCGGACAACCUGCACCUUCCACAAGGUGUGCGCAAUAUCUACACUGUCGAUGGCGCAAAGAAGGUUGCAAGCUUGGACGAUCUUGUAGAAGGUGAGAGCUACGUCUGCGCAUCCAAUGAGCCUUUCAGGAAGGUGGACUACACCAAGAACGUGAACCCUAACUGGGGUUCCCGAAUGGCUGGAGUGGUACUGGGGGCGGGUCCAGGGGGCGGAGUCGGGGUGGGGCGGCAGGGUUCGAGCGGAGUCCAGCAGGUAGCUGCCGAAGGUAGGGAAAGCAAAGGUUUCAUCAAGCCCAAGCUGGUGACGGUGAUCCGGAGCGGAGUGAAGCCGCGCAAGGCCGUCAGGGUACUGCUGAACAAGAAGACGGCGCACUCUUUUGAGCAGGUGCUCGCUGAUAUCACCGAGGCCAUUAAGCUCGACUCUGGAGCUGUGAAGAAGCUGUACACUCUGGAUGGCAAGCAGCUCACAAGCCUUCAGGACUUCUUCGGCGACGACGAUGUAUUCAUCGCGUGCGGCCCUGAGAAGUUCCGUUAUGCCCAGGAUGAUGCCGCAAUCGGACACGCAGGAAAAGCCACUGCUGUCGCGUUUGUUAAUGAGUGUAAGAUGAAAUCAUCCCGGUCAUCUGCCCCUGUUAAGGCCACUGGACCCAGAAGCCCUGGAGUGCCCAGGUCCAAGUCACCUGUAUCAGGCGGUGAGGUGCCAGGACGACAGUCACCGACGCUGAGAUCAUCGAAGACCCCAACCAGUCCAGGGAGUCAGCGCAGCCUGAAGAUCUCCUCUCGCCAUGUAUCUCCCUCCCCUCCCCCAUCCAGAGAACUAAACGGAGACCCAGAGGUGAAUGGCAAUAAGGAGCAGUCAUCCAUCAUUGCUGAGAAAUACAAAGUGGGGAAAGUCAUUGGAGAUGGGAACUUUGCAGUGGUUAAAGAGUGUGUGGAACGAGCCACCGGGCAGGAGUAUGCACUGAAGAUCAUAGACAAGGCCAAAUGCAGUGGCAAGGAGCACCUGAUAGCCAAUGAAGUGGCAAUACUGCGACGUGUCCGACACCCCAGUAUCAUUCUGUUAAUAGAGGAGGUGGACACUCCCACUGAACUGUACUUGGUCAUGGAGCUCAUUAAGGGAGGAGAUUUGUUUGAUGCCAUCACCUCAUCCACAAAGUACACAGAGCGAGAUGCCAGUGCUAUGGUGUACAACCUGACCGGAGCUCUCAAAUACCUGCACCGAAUGAGUAUAGUACACCGGGACAUCAAACCAGAGAACCUAUUGGUGUGUGAAUAUCCUGAUGGCACCAAGUCUCUGAAGUUAGGGGACUUCGGGCUAGCCACUGUAGUGGAAGGACCGCUCUAUACGGUCUGUGGAACACCCACCUAUGUUGCGCCAGAGAUUAUCGCAGAGACAGGAUAUGGUUUAAAGGUAGACAUCUGGGCUGCCGGGGUGAUAACAUAUAUCCUGCUGUGCGGAUUUCCGCCAUUCCGUAGCGAGAGGAACCAGCAGGAGGAACUAUUUGAGCAGAUUUUACUGGGCAGGCUGGAGUUCCCCUCCCCUUACUGGGACAACAUCAGUGCCAGUGCCAAGGACCUGAUUGGUAAGAUGCUGCAGGUGAAUGUGAGCACACGCUACACAGCAGAGGAGGUGCUGUCUCACCCAUGGGUGCUGGAUGAUGCUAUACUGGAGAAUAUGAUGAGUGAGACCUCCGGCGCAGUCGAGGCAGAACAUGUACACGACAGCACGGUCGCCGAAGCACAGAUGGAUCAGGCACAAGGGAAUGAACAGAGCUCAAGAUAGGCUGAGAGGAGUCUCUGAAGGACUGGCAGAGGAGAAGAACCCUUAAAGGAAUACUUCAACCAAAAUCGCCAGCGUGGCUCACACUGAAUGAAGGCUAAUCUGGAACAGGAAUAAUACCAGCUGCCCUCCGUAUUGACUUCCAUUCAAUAGUGGCCCCAUACGUUUUUGGGUGAGGUAUACCCCCAGAUGCGACCCACUGUAAAACGUACCGAGCUGUGACUAGCUACACCAGACCAGCACGCUCCUCCCCCUAUCUCUGCACUUUCUGCUCAUGCUCCCUACGCUGUUCUUACUUUAUGUCCAGUAUUCUUUCUUUGCCCCUGGCCUUCUGCCCACUCCAGUUCCCACUUAUCAGUGUUCUCAGAGGAGCUGGACUGGUCAGCUGACCCUUUCCCACAUACAGAGCAGCUUUAGUAAGAUUCUUCACCGAACAAGCUACUCUACCCUCAGCCCUGCGCCCUUGGCUUUACUGCUAUGGGAUCCUAAAGGGGCCGAAAUGAAGAGGCCGGCCUAUCUGAGGCGUGGUAGAGCACCCGUCGUGAUAUGCCAACACCUGUCGGGCGCUGGCACUCUGCGAAGUCUGAUGCCUUGGAGAGUGCCUGGUCUGUGUCCGGCUCGCAGAUUCUCCAGACAAACCAGCGACCUCAUAUUCUGCUACGCUGUGCCCUUCUUUACGUCUCUGUGUAUAUACAGUGUCUUGAUGUAAUAAUCAUCAAACUCAGUUAGUAGAUACACCCAUACAGUGUGCCAUUAGACUUUAGACCCUUCAGCCAUUACUCUGACUAUACAUCCAGUAGACAUCAGUUCUUGUGUAAAUGCAUCAGAUGCUGUGCGUGGUGUGUGUGCGUGUUCCAGAGAAGAAAGUCUCUGAAAGGUUUUGAGCUGGCCUUCAAUUGAUGAAGAAGAUAAGAGUAUUGUAUUGUUCAUUUAUGUGUGUGUGUGUGUGUGUGUGUUCGCGCGAGUGUGUCUGUGUGUGUCCAUGAAUUGCCGCCUCUUGUCCUUUUUCUGAUAGUGUUAAUUCCUAUUUGAGAGAGAGAAAGGAAAUUGUGAAUGGUGUUGAAAGAUUGUGUCAUGUUAAGUGUAAUAAUAUAAAGUUUUGUACCAUGGUUACUUGGGCCAAAUGACUCUCGUCUACAGUGUAAUUACAGUUGUUUUUUUUUCAUCCUUUGUUUGUACUACAAAAAAAAAAUACA